AUGGCAAUACCGAACAACUCAUCAGAUCCAGAUGUAUCGACUCAGCCUCGCAGAACCACCAAAGAGACACACCCGAAUCUACCACCUGGUUUAAUCUUGGAUGAAAAUGGUAAAGUCUGUAAAGUCUGUAACUCAUGGCAAGAUUUCGCAAAAAUCAAGAAAAAGCAGUCGGCUCCAGGAUCUGGAGAUGGGAAAGGGAGGAAUGUACUUUUAGGAGGAGCUGGAAUGGGUGGCUUCGCAUCUUUAUUAUCAAACUCAAAUACGACAUCCAACCCGGCUUUUACUUCAAAAGCAGACAAGGAGGUUGUACUCGAUCGAAAAGACUGUCCACCAGAUACAGCUGCUUUAGGUAGGUCUACAUGGACAUUCUUACAUACAACAGCAGCGUAUUAUCCUUUACAAGCAAAUUCAAAUCAACAAUUCCAAAUGACCAGUCUCCUAUCUUCUCUAUCGAUUUUCUAUCCAUGUAACUGGUGUGCAACCGAUUUUCAGAAAGAUAUAAGGAAGAACCCACCCGAUGUAUCUGGAAGAGAAGGUUUGAUGAGAUGGUUAUGCGAAAGACAUAAUGAAGUGAAUCAGAAAUUGGGUAAAAUUACUUUUGAUUGUGGGAUCAAGAAUUUAGAUGAGAGAUGGAAAGAUGGUCCGGAAGAUGGAAGGUGCGAUUGA